AUGCAGGUUGGGCGAGGAAAGGGUCCGAAUCAACCGGAGCCAAGUGAUAGAGUGGUGAUGUCGGUUUCUGAUGCAACGAAGAGACUGUCUCAGAUCUCUACUACUAGUACUAGGAAUACGAAUACAGGCAAAAGGAAAAGCAAGGACACUGUAGGGCCAUGGAAAUUGGGUAAAACGCUUGGGAAGGGAUCAUCGGGGCGGGUGAGACUUGCGAAAAACGUAGAGAGUGGGAAACUUGCUGCUAUCAAGAUUGUUUCGAAAAAGAGCGUUAGUCGGCAUCAAUAUGUUCAAACGGAUUCAUCCCUACCGUACGGGAUAGAAAGAGAAAUUAUUAUCAUGAAGUUAAUAACACACCCCAAUAUUAUGGCAUUAUAUGAGGUCUGGGAGAAUAAAUCCGAGCUAUAUUUGGUCCUGGAAUACGUGGAAGGAGGUGAACUCUUUGAUUAUUUGCUUUCGAGGGGCAAGUUGCCUGAGCAAGAAGCUGUCCACUAUUUUAAACAGAUAGUGAAAGGUGUUGCAUAUUGCCAUCACUUCAACAUUUGUCAUCGUGACUUGAAGCCCGAAAAUCUGCUUCUUGAUAAAAAAACCCGUACUGUCAAGAUUGCUGAUUUCGGCAUGGCAGCUUUGCAAACCAGUAAUAAAUUGCUGGAAACGUCAUGCGGCUCUCCACAUUAUGCUUCGCCAGAAAUUGUUAUGGGGCAGAAAUACCAUGGUUCGCCUAGUGAUGUUUGGUCCUGCGGAAUCAUCCUAUUUGCCCUUCUCACUGGUAAUUUACCAUUCAAUGACGAUAAUGUGAAAAAGUUACUGCUAAAAGUUCAGUCAGGAAAAUAUCAAAUGCCUCAAAACCUUUCCAGGGAUGCAAAAGAUCUAAUCUCAAAGAUGUUGGUUGUGGAUCCUGAUAGCAGGAUUUUAAUCGAUGAUAUUCUUAAACAUCAGCUAUUGACUAAGUAUGAAAGCCAGGGCAAAACUCGGGCAAAACUGAGAACGAGCUUGCAAUUGUCCUCCAGGACUCCAAGCAUUGUGACUUUAAAUUCAAAAGCUGAGAUAGAUGAUACAAUCUUGAGCAAUUUGAGUACUUUAUGGCAUGGCGCACCUAAGGAAUACUUGGUGAAAAAAUUGUUGAAAAAGGGAUUUACUGAGGAAAAACUAUUCUACUCAUUGCUACGUAAAUACCAAGAGAAAGGAAAUUCAGUUCAAACUACGCCUUCUACAAAUUCUGGAAGCUCGGACGUAGCGACAAGGGAUUAUCAGUCUUCUGAAGCUCCAAGUAUUUCUGGUCCAAAAAAUGGACAAAAAUCUCAGCUUUCCGUUGCAUCUUUUUCAAGAUCUAAAAGAACGCGAGAAGGUUUUGUAGCUUCCACGUCGAGGGUUUUCAAACAUAGCACGUCAAAAGUGGGUUCUAACAUUCCUUUUACAGCAGUUCAUACCUCCUCAUCUUACAAGUCUCUAAAUAGCUCUAUUUCAAGAGCUAGAUUAGCCUCUCAAGCCAACAAUGCGAAACCCCAAAGGCCCAUAAAAAAAACACUCCAGGAGUCUGCUUUGAAAAGAUCUUUGUAUUCUUUAAGCUCCAUAUCCAAACGAUCUUUAAAUUUAAACGAGCAGUUGCAAUCGGGCUUCAAUACCACUAUUGAACCAUUGCCUUCAAUUUCUCCGAAGUCAGCAGGCGAUCCAUAUAGCGCUCCAAGUUUUGGCGAGAGAGAUAUGAAUAGUGGUGGCAUUAACGAUACAAUUUUAUCACCUAUUCGUAUAAUACAGCCAACUUUUAAUUUUGCAAUGGACAACGAAGGAGAAAGCGAUAUCUAUUCGCGGUAUUAUAGCUCGGUUGAAUACGGAGAGGGGAAUACCAGCAUAUACAAGGAGUCGUCAUGCUCAGAGGAGAUAUCAUCUACAAUCAUCACAAAUACCAGAAGCCCUGUUUUCAGUCGCCCUACCAAGAAAGAGCAGGUCGCAGAAAGGCAGUAUAUACCAUCAUUGGACCCUCGCCGCCGAGCUCCUCAACCUCCAACCGGUAUUGAGGUUCUUUUGAAAAAGUAUAAACCAAUGAGCCCUGCAACAUCUAGAGAUUCAUCCAAAAAGCCUACGGGAAAUGGUCUAUAUUCUUGCAAUACCUCUUUUUUCAAAAUAGAGGGAGGUGAGAUGUCUUCAUGUGAUUACAGUGAGAGGAUGGAAGCCAAGAAAAAUAGUAGUAUAGGAACAAUACCCUCAGCUUUAACGGAUGAUGGGAAAUUAACAACUACAAAUGCCGUUACAAGCACACCUGUGCCUGAUCCUAGUAUUUUAGCACAAUCUAGUGCCAUCCAUAAUGACUAUCAAUCAUCCAGUAGACAAUCGUUUAAACGUAAUAGUCAGUUCGAACGGCAACGGUGUGAUACAUACGGGUUGUUGCGCUUGCCUUCGUCACUAUUAAAAUCAACUAAUACUUUCCACAAUCUAAACACUUUUAUUUCCAACUACGGGAACAAGGCUCAAGAUUGUGUAGUUGAUAAGGUCGAUUAUACUAAUAUGACAUCUACAUCAUAUGAUAAGGUUUCAGACAAGGUUUCUAGUAAAAGUGGAUACAAUUCUUUUACGAAUGGUGAGGGUUCUGCCUCCAAUUUUUCAGACCUUUCCUUUCUGGCUGAUUUACCAACAUUUACUCAUAUUGCCCAGGCAGUUUCUAUAUCUCCAGUUACUAAAAACUUUAGGCACACACUUCAACCGGAGGCCGUAGAGCCGGUGGUUGAACGACCGGCUACGGACCGGUCGACUUCGGGUACCAAGCAUAUUCCUCAUCGUCAAUUAUCUGAAGAGAACGAUAAAGCUGGAACCACCAAUGAGGGGGAGUCCCUUAACAUAUUUGAAGACGCACCAGCGGAUGUGGGAUCUCUUCUUACCAACUGCAGCGGAUUGGAGCCGCAAGUUCACAGAAAGGCGGUUUCAAUAGAUACCUUAAAUACAUCAUACCUGCUUGCACCAGCUUCGGAUAUGAGAAACAGUCUACAUGUGAACAGUAAUGAAGUCAGCUUUCCAAGAGAAACCACAGAGGAGAUGAUUCAUAAAUUUGAAAUCUCGCCAGAAAAGCACUGUUCUCAAAAGCAACCAACGAUACGAAAUGCAACUAGGCUAUCAACUAAUUUACCAUCUAGUAAAAGCUUGAAAUCAAUGUUCAAGGAUCUGGAAGAGGAAACGGCAAACACCAAUCACAAGAAGCAACGCGAUAGAUCAGAACCGCUGGCUCAAGACAUAAAUGAUAGCCCAUUCUCAAGCAAAAUUGCUAAAAGAAAAAUGGACAUUGAUGAGCUUGUUAAGAAUAAUACCCAAGUUAAACCGGCAAACGGCAAAAAUCGCGUCACAAUGCUUUUUGAUGAUUACUCGGAGAACGUUUUCAACGCUCCUACAACACAACCUCAAAAUUCCCCAGAUUCAAAUAAAAUGUUGCCGCCUAUUGUAGAAAGUCCAUGUGAACAACUAACGUCGAGUAACAAACAGCAAAAACUUCAGCAAAAACCGUCGCCAUUAUUGCGUUCAUUAAAUUGUUACAGACCCGGGAAAAGAAAAUGGUUCAACCGCUUAUUGCAAUCUUUAUCAAAAAAAAAUAAUAGCACAACUAAUUUGAGGUAUCAGACGUUUUUAUCAUUUGAAGAUGUCAAUAUACUUGUACUACGUUGGCUUGGCUCUAGCCUUAUUGAUUACAAGCAAAAAUUGAUGGAACGUAAAAAGAGCAAGCAGCGCGCGCAGUAUGAAUGCAUGUUACCUGAGCGUGGUAUUAAGUUUAAAAUAUCAAUUGACGGAAAUAUUAACUCGUCCACUGAACUUAUCAUCUCGUCGCGAAGCAGGUUUGCUAGUGACGCUGCAUUCGUGAACCUUAAUGAGGAAAUCGCGACGUUGUUAAAUGAUAGGAAAAACUUCGACGUUACAGUAACACCGGCAUAA